AUGCCCGCCAACAGCCAGAGAGCAGCUGCAUGGCGCGGCAGUGCUGCUGCAUCUCACGGUGCUGCCUCCUCAAACAGUCACGGUAGCACCCAGCCUCAGCAGCAGCAGCAAAUGCCUGCUGGCAUCCGGUGGGGAGAAUUAAGCAGGGUUUCCCUGCUAAGUGGGAAGCCAAGCUCCCUUUCCCAAGAAGGGCUGUGCAGGAGGCCACAGGCAGGUGGGAUGGGAUCUUCCCAGGAUGAGGACUCUCUGGGGACAAGGACUUGCUCCCCAGUAUCUUCACUGAAUGAAUGCCACCAGAAUGAGCUGGGGAUGAGGUCUGUAAGCAGCUUCUCCUCCACCACCAUCAGCUCCUUCUUGAGUGAGGACCUGGGGUUGCGAAUAGGACCAGUCGUGAUCGAUAUGGGCACAAGGAGCUGCAGAGCAGGAUUUUCUGGACAUCAGGCACCCAGUGCCGAAAUCAGCACCCUGGUGAGCCACACCACAGUGUUGUCCGAGGGCCUGGAAGAAACCAGAUCUGAGGCUUUUUUGGGGGAAGAAGCCUUGCUUUACCCAGACACUGAAAUUGUUGAGGUGAUGCAGAAUGGCAUCAUCAUCAACUGGGAGGCAGCAGAAACCCUGUGGCAGCACAUGUUCGAACACAAGCUUGGGGUGCCCCCUGAGGAGCAUGCGCUGCUCAUCACAGAGCCCCCACUCAGCCCCACCAGUGGACGGGAAAAUAUGGCAGAGGUAGCCUUUGAGUCACUGGGCUCCCCUGGAAUCUUCAUGGCCCCUCAGCCUGUCCUUUCCACCUAUGCCCAUGGCAGAACCAGCGCCUUCGUGGUAGACAUUGGCCACGUUGUCACCCACGCUGUGCCGGUCCACGAUGGGAAUUGCUUGGCUUAUGCCAUUAAGAGGACAGACGUGGCAGGGUCAUGCCUCACCUGGUACCUGACAAUGCUUCUGGGGGACAUGGAGCACACGCUUGGCAAUUGGACGUCCCCCGUGGUGGAAGACAUCAAGCACACAUGCUGCUACGUCGCUUUUGACUUCAAUAAUGAGUGCCUCCUCCCACCCACUAGCUGCACGCUGGAUUUUACCCUGCCUGACGGGCAGACCAUCAGCCUCGGCAAGGAGAGGUUUCAGUGUCCAGAGGUGCUCUUCAACCCCCUACCGACAUGGGGGGAUUCCUAUGUGGGCAUCCACGAGAUGGCCCAGAGAAGCCUCGACCUGCUUCCAGAGGACAUCAGGUCACUGAUGCACAGAAACAUCCUCCUGUGUGGAGGGUCCUCACUGUUCGAGGGGCUGCCGAGGAGGCUUGGCAGCGAGCUGGCUCAGUGCCUGCCCUCCAGCACGGAGGUGGAGGUGGUGGCCGCACCGGGAAGGAGGCAUGCGGCCUGGAUGGGGGGCUCUGUCCUUGCCUCCCUCACAAACUUCCAGUCAUGCUGGAUCCGCAGGGAUGAGUACUACGAAGAGGGGCCGUGCAUCGUCCACCAGAAAUGCUUCUGA